UAUUUACAGGUACAGUUUUUGAUACGUUUGUAAAAAAAUGUAUUAAUUUGUUUGAAAGAACAUUAAGAUUUUUCCAGAGGAUUAUCAAACUCAGGAUGUUUUGCACAAUGAGAAAUGCAAUUAGAGGAACUCCUCCCUCUAGUCUUGGAAAGACUGUAAAUCCCAAGUGGCUCAUUUUUUUUUUUAAAGGAUAUUUAUCUGGAUGGAUUAUGGGAUAAACUGGAAGAAAAGGCAACUUUUUUUCUUUAAAUAUUCCUGUCAAGAUCUUUCAAAACCAAAAUAUAACGGACUUUUAUUGUACAGUCAUAUAAAUGAUUCUUAGAAAGCAAUCAUGGAAAUAUUUAUUGAUAAUUGAUUAAGCAUCUGUCUAUUUAAGGGGUCUAUUGUUUUUGCAUUAUAAAGGCUUCAGUUGUUGACAACAGAACAUUAAUUCUUCAGUUGUAUAAUGUCUGCUCUAAUAAUCCUUAAAUAGUUUCUCAUACUCUAAGCAUAGGUAAUCAUUUAAACACUUUCUUUGUGUUUUUAAAUCAGUUGAUUAAUUUUCAAAGACCUGCUAUCUUUCAGGGAAUAGUUUCUUUAAAUCAUUGCACAAGUUCUGCAACAACAGCUGGGUGAGUGUGUACUAGAUCCACCAUCCUACACAAGAAGAGUCACAUUCAUGUGUUUAAAUCUUCAAUAUGGUUUCAUCAAACCAAACUAAAGACUUCCAAAGAUCACCUACAUGUUGCCAAUCUUAAAAUAUACCAUAGUCUGCCUACAUUUUUGUGAUUUUAUUGGAUGAAAGUUGUCAUAAGACUCUUCUAAGAUGAACCGAGCACCAAGGUUGGUUCAUCAGAAUAAGCAAAAAAAAGUCAGUUUUGACCAUUAAUGGGUUUGUUUUAACAAUAAUGCACGGUAGCAUUCAUCUAAAAAGCAACCUAACCUCUCUCUUUUUGGUUUAAUGAUGACUUCUCUAAAUCCCUUUAAUCACAUUUUUAAGAACCUUAAAUUUAACAAAAUGAAAUCAUUCAUAAAUUUGAUCACCUUAGAAUAUGUACAGAAACUGUGGCUCAUCUCUCCUCAGUGUGUCCUCUUACCUCUCAGCUCUACUCGCUCCACUAAUGAACCUUCAUUUCCCUUUACCGGUCCAUUAACAGAUUGUUGUCCACAUGGGCUCCAUUAGCCACAUGGAGUCAGAAAUAAAUCAUGCAUCAUGGAUUUACCUGCGCUCAAGCCUUCCAUUUGAGAGAAAAUCGGAUCCCAGAGGGAAAAGUUUCCUAAGUAUCCACUACCUGUUUUUGUAUACUCUUCAUGAGCUGUGCCUAAAGUUAUUACAUGAGAGGGAGUACUUCGUGGAUGGAAAUUGUGCAUUAGCUGGACUGUGUCUAGAAAGUCUAAAGCACCAUUUCCAUUUUUAAGCUGUUUGUUUUCCUGGAUUGUACUGCACUUUACAGGAAUAUAGUAAAAUGUUAAUUCAAAAUGUCUGACUGUAAAAGCAGCUGCCGAUGUAUUUAAUAUUUAAUCUCUUCUCUGAUUUUUACAUAUUAAAGCUAUUAAUUAAGCAUUUUAGCCAAAACUAUUUUAUUUGGGCUUGAUGUGAUUGUUGUGGUACAUGUUCUUUUAUGGUUUGUGAGAUUUUGGUCUUUUAUGUUUUUAUCGUCUGAAGAUUUUGUCUUUUAUGUUUUUAUCUUCAGAAGUUUUCGUUUUUUAACUUGUGAAGCACCUUCUGAUGUGAAAGGUACUACAUAAAUAAAACUUACUUACUUAACCAUGUAAACCCACUACAUCAAUUCAGAUUUUCUGGAUUUAGAAUGUUUUAAACCCAUUUGAUGAAAUCCGCAAAACAAAUCCUGUUAUUUUCAAUUAGAUUCUUCAUUUUGAUAUGUUGUUUGAUUUGUUAAGUUUUUGCUCACAACAAUGUUAGCUUAAGAUGAAAAAACACUAACGAGUGUUCAGGACAAAAAAAAAACACCUUAUCUACCCACUGUCUCAAAUUUGAUACACGCAUUUAACUGGGUUAUAAAGACAGAAUUUUUAACAAAUUUUACAUCCUUUCAAAACACAAAGUAGUCAUUUUAAAAAGUGAAUAAUAAUAGACGAGUCAUUCUCAUCAUAAAGUUAAGAAAAUUAGCAAAACUUUUCCUGCCAGAAGUGUUUUUGAGAUUUCACAGAAGAAAAGCCCUUCUACUGCCCCUAGUGGAAUGAUGAUGAAAUACAAUGCAGAAAACAGACUAAGUUACAUUAAAAAUUUGUUUCAAGGAACUGUUAACUGUUUAAUUAUCAGAAAAAGGGGCACUGGAAAGUAGGGUGGCUGUCAGGCACAGAUUUUAUUUAGCAUUGAUUGAUGACUAACCCUGCUGGCUUGGAUCUGCCCACAUUAUCAUAUUACUUGUAGUGCUGAGUCUCUGAGUUCUGCAGAGCAUCAGUGAAAUGAGUGUAUACAGGCAGAGGGAGCCAAAUCAGACUGAGGGGAGGGACCUCAGCAUAUGCAGUGAAAGUUCUCCGGAUGGAGGUGUGAAGGGGCAACGGGACAGGAAAAAAGGCUGGUCAGGAGGAUAAGGAGUGGCGGUGGACAUGGACGACAGCGGUGCUUGGUGAAUCAGCUUUCUCUGAUGCGGUGCUGAGACUGGAGGCAGCAGGAGGGAGGGGCAAGGUUAGGCCAGCUCUGCCUUCUGACGCUUGCGCUCUGAAAGACUCACAGCUGCCUGCCAGCCAAGGUUUCUGAGUGCAGAGCCAGAUUUCCGUGCAGCACACAUCUCCUUGGUGCUCUUGAGUUUUCUUUUCCCUGAAGAACAAUUGUAAAACCAUCAAUUUCUCCUGUGAGAUCAACACUUUUGCAGUAAGUUUCCACUGGCAUAUGUGAGGGCACAGAGAUGAAUCCUGAAAGUUUAACCAUUCAAGAUGAUCCGGAUAUAAAACGGAUGAUGGCAGGAUCAACCCUGAGAAAAGUUAAGUCCCGGUCCUGGAAGAAGCAGCGGCAUUUCCGCCUGUUAGAGGAUGGCCUCACGAUCUGGUACAAGUCAAAAUGGGCUGGGAAAGGACACUCAACCUUCUCAGUGACGGAGGUGGAAGCGGUCCGCGAAGGCCAUCAGUCAGAAAUCCUGCUGAGCACCGCCGAGGAGUUUCCUGCUGACCUCUGCUUCACUCUGGUGUUUCACGGUCGCCAAGGCAACCUGGACCUCGUGGCCGAGUCUUCGGAGGAGGCCCAGGCCUGGAUUCAGGGAGUCCGCAAGCUAAUUCAUAAAGCUCAAACCAUGGAUGAGCAGGAGAGGCUGGACCAAUGGGUCCGGGACUGGUUUCAGAAAGCCGACAAAAACAAAGACGGGAAGAUGAAUUUUAAAGAGGUGAAAAAGUUGCUGAAGAUGAUGAACGUGGAGAUGAAUGAAGACCACGCUUACCACCUCUUUAAAAUGGCUGAUAAGUCACAAAGUGACUCUUUGGAAAUUGAGCAGUUUGUUCACUUCUAUAAAAUCCUGACCCAGAGAGACGAGGUAUGGAAGGUCUUCCAGGAUUAUUCUGGAGAUGGAGAGAAGUUGAUGCUGGAGGAGCUGGAAAAUUUUCUGCGAACAGAGCAGCAGGAGGAAGAGCAAAGCGCCCAGCAUGCCAAGCAGCUGAUUGACAGCUACGAGCCGUCUGAGACAGUCAAGAAGCAAGGUGCCAUGUCCUUGGAGGGCUUCCAGAUGUACCUGUGCUCUCAGGAUGGCUCCAUAUUCAACCCGGAGCUCCUGGAACUCCAUCAUGACAUGAGCCAGCCGCUCAGUCACUACUUCAUCUCCUCGUCACACAACACCUACCUCCUGGAGGAUCAGCUGCGCGGACAGAGCAGCUUGGAGGCAUACAUCCAGGCUCUGAAAAGAGGCUGCCGCUGCGUUGAGGUGGACUGCUGGGACGGCGGUGACGGGGAGCCUGUCGUGUAUCACGGCCACACAUUGACCUCAAAAAUCCUCUUCAAAGAUGUAAUUUCAACAAUCAAAGAAUAUGGGUUCAGAGCUUCAGACUUUCCCAUCAUUGUGUCCCUUGAGAAUCACUGUGGUUUGGAGCAGCAGACGCUCAUGGCCCAGCACCUCACCCAAAUCCUGGGUGACUUGCUACAGACCAGCACUCUGGAUGGACAGGUUCCUCAACAGCUCCCCUCCCCACAGGAACUCAGAGGUAAGAUUUUGCUGAAAGCAAAGAAGAUCGGAGGCCUGGAAAAAUGUGUGGAUGAAACGCUGACGGAUGAAGUUAGCGAUGAAGAAGAGAUGGUCAAUGGUGAUGAAGAGAGUCCUUCUGCUGAGGAACCACAAGCUGAGAAGAAGAAUAAGAAAUCUAAACUCUCCAGGGAGCUUUCAGACUUGGUGGUUUACUGCAAGAGUGUGCACUUCCAUGGAUUUGAGCACUCCCUCAGCCAUGCCAAGUGUUACGAAAUGUCUUCAUUCUCUGAAUCCAAAGCAAAGAAGCUCAGCAAGGAAACUGGGACAGAAUUUGUGCAGUACAAUACACGACAGCUGAGCAGGACCUAUCCCAGCGGCCUGAGGACGGACUCCUCCAACUAUAAUCCACAGGACAUGUGGAAUGUGGGUUGCCAGAUUGUGGCUCUAAAUUUCCAGACAGCCGGUCUGGAAAUGGAUCUGAAUGAUGGGCUUUUUAAGCAAAAUGGCGGCUGCGGUUACGUCCUGAAGCCGGAUUUCAUGAGAGAUGGCAGCUCUCAGUUUAGUCCCGAGAAGCCAGAGGAGCGACCCAGCUACAAACCCCAACGCUUAUCUAUACAGGUAAUAAGUGGGCAGCAGCUCCCAAAAGUGAAUCAGAAAGAGGGAUCUAUUGUAGAUCCUCUGGUGAGAGUGGAGAUCUAUGGCGUGCCACAGGACCAAGCCAAGGAAGAGACCAGCCAUAUUAACAACAAUGGUUUUAACCCAGUGUGGAAUAAAUCUUUAAACUUUGUCAUCCACACCCCUGAACUGGCGCUGGUUCGCUUUGUAGUGGAGGACUAUGACAAAGCCUCCAGAAAUGACUUUAUUGGACAGUUCACUCUUCCCUUCACUUGCGUCCAACCAGGAUAUCGUCACAUACAUCUGCUGUCUAAAGAUGGAAUGCCUAUUCCCCCCUCAUCACUCUUUGUGAACAUCAGUAUUUCAGACUAUAACUAAAGAGGAUCAGGGGAUGUACAGUGAUGUAGUGGUUAUUACUCUGACCUGUCAACAAAAAAGCUCUGGUUCAAAUUCUGGCUGGUGUGUGGAGUUUGCAUGCUCUCCCUGUGCAUGUGUGGCUUCCUCUAUGCGUCAUAGGUUAAUUGAUUACACUAAAUGUCUCUUAAGUGUGACUAAGAAUGUGUGGUUGUCAGUGAUUGGGAUAGGCUCCAGCAACCAUAUGACACCAAAAGGGAUUCAGAGGGAAGAAAAUUGAGACAUGGAUGGACAUAAACACACCAAAGCCCCCACUGGUGGCAAAAGUUCUCAUUUAAUAGCAUCAAGACAACAUUUUAACCAUAUAGCGUACCAAAAAGAUGGGAUGUGUUUGAAGAAUACAGCAUACUAAAUUCUUCAGAGCUUCUUUACAUUUUACAACCUCAAAACCAAGUAUUGAAAAUCAUAUUCUAAAUUGUACUUUUUUCAUUUCUAUGGGGCAAUUAUUGAGCUUGUUAUGGGCAAACACACAUAGUGGCAAUUAAAAAUGAUGCACAUCCUGUAAAUUUGUGGUAGUGUUCCCAGUGAAGAAGAGUGGGGUGGUCACUGGUGUGGACAAAUCCAAAAAAUAUUGUUUUGCCACUUCAGUAUCAGGCCAGAUUUCUACUUUGUACGGAACCCUAGAUAUGAUGUUGGAAAAAAAAAUAUCUCAAAAGCAUUUUGUGCACAUAAAAUACUAAUACAAUUAGUAUUAAAAGAAAUUAAUGUUUUUUGCACAAAAAUACUAAUUUGUGUACACAAAAUGCUAAUUUGGACGCACAAGCUCUUAACUUGUGCACACAAAAUGCUAACUUGUGGGCAUAAAAAGAGAGAAAAAAAAUAGGUUGUAUACAGAAAAUGUUAUUUUAGGGAACUUUUUUUUCAAUGUAAUAUCCAGGGCUCUGUCAUGUUGCACUUUAGUUAUGAAUUAGCUCAUGCUUCAUUAUGUUGCAUGUGUGUGUGUGUGUUUGUGCGUGGUGGGGAGCUGUGGGGAGGGUCUGAAGGUCUUUGAAGUUUGAUUUGAUUCUACCAGAAUACCUAACAAAUGAAGCUUGCUCCAGGUGCAUUUAGUGUGACUGGGAAAAACACAUUUUUACAAGGAUCUUCCACAUUUUACUCACCUUCCACCAGUAUAACUGACGUAGAGCCCUUAUAGUUGUGAAGUCUUUUUGCCAACUGUCACAGACCAGUGGGGACUACAAUGUGUCAGAGAGCUCCAGCCAAUGAAAGUUUUGGUUGAUUCCCCAAUC